AGAGAGAAGAGCGGCAACUGGGGCUGAAGAGAAGAGCGGUAACUGGGACUCAAGAGAAGAGUGGUAACUGGGACUGAAGAGAAGAGCUUUACUUAUAGCUUCAACGUCUGGGAUUAUAUUGGCUUUACUACAUUAUUUCUCUAGAUGUAUGACUUCUCCACCUGUCUCUUAGAGGUUCGUCGGUAUAAGAGGACCCUUUGAGGGGCUUGAGAAGCAGAGUUAUGAAUACAGGAAGUCAGAUACGCCUGCUGUUGUGGAAGAACUGGACUCUACGCAAGAGACAGAAGAUCCGCUUCCUGGUGGAGAUUCUGUGGCCGGUGGUUCUGUUCAUUGGUCUGGUGUGGUUGAGGAAAGCCAACCCUCUUUACAAACAGCAUGAAUGUCACUUCCCCAACAAGGCCAUGCCUUCCACAGGUAUCAUCCCGUGGAUCCAGGGUAUCUUCUGUAACGCCAACAACCCCUGCUUCAAACACCCUACCAGGGCAGAGGGCCCUGGGGUGGUCUCCAACUACAACAACUGCAUACUGGCGCGGUUCUGGGCUGACUCCAAUGAGCUGUUGUUUGACGACCCAGAGUUCCAGCAGUUGGGUCGGCUGUGGGAGGACAUGGCCGUCAUGAACAACUUCAUGGACACCAUCUGUAACACACCAGAACAGAUAGCAGGUCGAGGUCUGAAGAUAGAGGAUAUCCUGAAGGAAGAUGAGAUGUUGACAGCCUUCCUGCUGAGAGACGUCGGCCUGUCAGAGUCUGUGGUUCAUCAGCUGGUCAACGCUCAAGUCCGCCCAGAACAGUUUGCCCACGGUGUUCCAGACCUCCACUUGAAGGACAUCGCCUGCAGCCAGGCUCUUCUAGAGAGGUUUAUCAUCUUUCCCAGCCGGAGAGGCAUGUACGGAGUGCGUAAUGCUAUGUGUGCCCUGACACAGCAGCGCCUGCAGAAGAUAGAGGACAUGCUCUAUGCUAACGUUGACUUCUUCAAGAUCUUCAGAUUGCUGCCCCGGGUGUUGGACAACCACACGGACGGACCAGACCUACGCUACUGGGGGCGUGUCCUAACCGCUGUAUCAGAGAAGGUCCAAGUGCUCUUUGAGAGGAACAGCACCAAGGACCUUCUGAAUGUAGUCUACCCGUUGUUGCAGGCUGGUGGUCCCAGCUCCUUUAGCCAGCUGAUGAGCAUUGUGUCAGCCCUGUUCUGUGGGUACCCAGACGGAGAGGGAUCCAGGGUCCUCUCCUUCAACUGGUAUGAAGACAACAACUACAAGGUGUUCCUGGGGGUGAAUGGAUCCAAGAACCAUGACUAUGUCUACGACAUGACAACCACUCCGUUCUGUAACGACCUGAUGCAGACUCUGGAGUCUAAUCCGGUCACUAAGAUCGUGUGGAGUUCAGUCAAGCCUCUCUUCAUGGGGAAGAUCCUCUAUGCUCCAGACUCCCCAGCCAUUAGAAUGAUACUAAAGAGUGCCAACACUACGUUUGAGGAGCUGGAGCGUCUGAUGACCAUGGGAAAGGCCUGGGAGGAGGUGGGACCUCAACUCUGGAGGUUCUUCAAUGCUGGAAUCCAGAUAAACAUGAUCAGGGACACCAUCAGAAACCCCACGGUAGCAGACCUAAUAGACAAGAGUCUGGAGGACACUGAGUUCUCCUCUAAAGACAUCCUCAACUUCCUGUUCAACGGGCUUGAGGAGGACAGAGAAGAGACCAUGCCCAGCUUCGACUGGAGGAACGUCUUCAACCUCACCGACCAGGCCGUACGCAUGUUCAACCAGUACGGAGAGUGUAUCAGUUUGGAUAAGUUCAUGCCCCAUACAGACGAGGAUCAGCUGACCCACCAGGCUCUCUUUCUAUUGGAGGAGAAUAAGUUCUGGGCAGGGCUAGUCUUCCUGGAUGUCUACCCCUGGACCACUACUGUACCGCGUCACGUCAAGUACAAGAUACGCAUGGACAUCGACCAAGUAGAGAGAACCAACAAGAUCAAAGAUAGGUAUUGGGACCCUGGUCCCAGAGCAGACCCUAUGGAGGAUCUGAGGUAUAUCUGGGGUGGCUUUGCCUAUCUACAGGACAUGGUAGAGCAUGGCAUACUGAAGAUACAGACGGGACAUGACUGGCCCCUGGGAGUCUACGUACAACAGAUGCCAUACCCUUGCUAUGUAGACGACCUCUUCAUGUUGACUCUGAACCGGUGUUUCCCUGUCUUCAUGGUGCUAGCGUGGAUCUACUCUGUAUCUAUGACGGUGAAGAGCAUCGUUCUGGAGAAGGAGCUACGCCUCAAAGAGACACUCAAGGCCAUGGGAGUGACCAACGGAGUGAUCUGGUACACCUGGUUUAUAGACAGCUUCAUCAUGAUGAGCGCCAGCACUGCCCUGCUCACACUGAUUAUUAUGGCUGGUAAAGUGUUGAACUACUCCAACCCGCUGGUAGUAUUCCUGUUCCUCCUGACCUUCACCAUGGCCACCAUUAUGCAGUGUUUCCUUCUCAGUGUGUUCUUCAACAAGGCCAACCUGGCUGCAGCCUGCAGCGGUAUCAUUUACUUCACCCUCUACCUCCCCCACAUCCUCUGUGUGGCCUGGCAGGACCGCAUCACCAAGAACGCCAAGAUCACAGCGAGUCUGCUGUCCCCAGUAGCGUUUGGUUUUGGGACGGAGUACCUGUCUCGUUAUGAGGAGCAGGGCCUGGGUCUGCAGUGGGACAACAUCGGCACCAGUCCACUAGAGGGUGAUGCCUACUCCUUCUUCACCUCCAUAGGCAUGAUGAUGUUUGACGCCGUGCUGUAUGGCUUCCUGGCAUGGUACCUUGACAACGUCUUCCCAGGUCAGUAUGGGAUUGGACGACCAUUCUACUUCCCAUUCCAGCCCUCCUAUUGGCAAAGGUCUGAACCCACCCUCUCCAACAUUCCAGACUCAGAUCCAGAGAAGCCCGACGUGGACAAGGACGUAGACAGUAUGUGUUCACCUAGGAGGUGUAACGGUGUGGGGGUAAGGAAACCCUGCAAACACCAGGACAAGAGAGAGAGGAUGGAGAGAGAGAGGGAGGAGGUGCUGAAACGACAGGAAGAAGAACAGAACAAGGAGGAAGAGGAAGAGGAUCUGACAGGCCAGUUGUUCUUUGAGCCAGAGCCAGCAGGGCUGACCGUGGGGGUAGAGAUUCAGGACUUGGUCAAGGUGUUUCCUGGGGGAUCCCGUCCGGCCGUGGACCACCUCAGCAUCGCCUUCUACGAGGGCCAGAUCACAUCAUUCCUAGGACACAACGGAGCCGGGAAAACCACCACCAUGUCUAUCCUGACUGGUCUGUUCCCUCCUACAUCUGGGACAGCCUUUAUCAACGGGAGAGACAUCAGGACUGACAUGGACAGUAUCCGCACAUCCAUGGGCAUGUGUCCCCAGUACAAUAUCCUCUUCAAACAUCUGACGGUGGAGGAACACAUCCUGUUCUACUGCAUGCUGAAGGGCACCUCUCAGGCUGAGGCUCAACAGGCGGUCACGGUCAUGCUGGAGGAUCUGGGCCUGCCUCAUAAGAGAGACGAGGAGGCACAGAACCUCUCAGGAGGUAUGCAGAGGAAGCUGUCUGUUGCCAUGGCGUUUGUUGGGGGGUCAAAGAUUGUGAUCCUGGAUGAGCCCACGUCGGGGGUCGACCCUUACUCCAGACGAUCCAUCUGGGACCUGCUACUCAAAUACCGCACAGGCCGUACAGUGAUCCUGUCCACUCACCACAUGGACGAGGCUGACUUGUUGAGUGACCGUGUAGCCAUCAUCUCUAAGGGCCAGCUCCAUUGCUGUGGCUCCCCCCUCUUCCUCAAGAACUGCUUCGGAGUGGGAUUCUACCUCACCCUGGUCCGACGCAUGAAGGACGUGAGGAAAAAAGAGAAUGAGUGUGACUGUGCCUCAGAGUGUUCCUGUACUUGUUCCACCUGCACCAAGGUGAAAGAGGAAUCCCAGGGCCAGUCCCAGCAGCUGGAGAGAGCUCUGGAUGGUGACGUGGACAACAUCACCACACUGAUCCAUCACCACGUCCCAGAAGCCAAGCUGAUCGAGGCCAUCGGCCAGGAGCUGACCUUCCUGCUGCCCAACAAGGGGUUCAAGCACCGGGCCUACGCCUCCCUCUUCAGAGAACUGGAGGAAACACUGGGAGACAUGGGCCUCAGCAGCUUCGGCAUCUCUGACACCUCACUGGAGGAGAUCUUUCUGAAGGUGACAGCAGAUGGGGAAGCAGCAGCCAAUCCCAAAACUCCAGAACAGUGGAUGUUGCUGAAGAGAACCAAAAGUAAAGUUGGCGUGGAUGAGGGUGAACCUGAAGAGGCUAACGGUCUGAAGCAGGCCAACGGUGUGGGUAACCAUGACGACGACAGCAGCGCUGGGAAAGGCUCGAGUCAGGUCAAAGGAGCCAAUCUGGUCAUGAAGCAGUUUCUGGCCCUGCUGGUCAAGAGGUUUCACCACGCUACCAGAUCAUACAAAGACUUCCUCGCACAGAUCGUCCUGCCUGCUAGCUUCGUCCUGAUAGCCCUGAUCUUCACCAUGAUUGUGCCUCCGUUUGGAGAGUACCCCGCCCUCACCCUCACUCCCUGGAUGUAUGGAAAGCAGCUAACUUUCUUCAGUAACGAGCGACUGGAAAACUACCAGAUGAGACAUUUCACCAAGGUGUUGCUGAACCCCCCUGGCCUUGGGACUCGCUGUAUGGCAGGAAACCCUCUACAAAACCUGCCCUGUGAGAACGAGACAUUGGGCUGGGAGACACCUGCGGUUUCUUCAAUAGCCAGUAACAUCCUGCAGAGCCCUGAGUGGCACCCGCUAAACCCCUCCCCUUCCUGCCAGUGCAGCACCAAUAAGAAGCUAACUAUGUUACCCAUCUGUCCAAUCGGAGCUGGGGGGCUGCCCCCUAUGCAGAGGAAAGAAGCUACGGGAGAUAUACUACUGGACCUGACUGAUAGAAACAUUACAGACUACCUGGUUAAAACCUACCCCAGCCUCAUCAGACAAAGUUUGAAGAGCAAAUACUGGGUGAAUGAACAAAGGUAUGGAGGCCUGUCUGUUGGAGGUCAGCUGCCCAUACUGGAAGUCAGCCCUAAACAGAUACAGGAUACCCUCUCUCAACUGAUGAAGAUGCUCAACGUCACUGGGGGUCCCUACACAAAGCUAUCGCUGCAGGAGAUUGGACCUUUCCUCAGAUACAUGGAAAGUGAAUACAAUGUCAAAGUCUGGUACAACAACAAAGGCUGGCACGCCAUGGUGGCCUUCAUGAAUGUGGCCAACAAUGCCAUUCUGAGGGCCCACCUGCCUCGUAACGUUGACCCCAUGCAGUACGGCAUCACAGCCAUCAACCACCCCCUCAACCUCACCAAGGAACAGCUGUCUGAAGUCACUGUGUUGAAGACAUCGGUAGACGCGGUGACAGCUAUCUGUGUGAUCUUUGCCAUGUCCUUCAUCCCAGCCUCGUUUGUCCUCUACCUGAUCCAGGAGAGAGUAACCAAGGCUAAACACCUCCAGUUCGUCAGCGGGGUCAGCCCCCUUGUCUACUGGUUAGCCAACUUCUUCUGGGACAUGAUGAACUACUCUCUCAGUACAGCCAUGGUGGUGGGGAUCUUUGUGGCCUUCGACAAGAAGUGUUACACCUCACCCACCAACCUGCCAGCCCUGGUUCUCCUGCUCUUCCUGUAUGGGUGGUCAGUAACCCCCAUGAUGUACCCUAUGUCAUACAUCUUUAACAUCCCCAGUACAGCCUACGUCUCUCUGUCCUGCAUCAACCUGUUCAUCGGCAUCAACAGCAGCGCCCUCACCUUCAUAUUGGAACUGUUCGAGAACAACCGGGCCUUGUUAGAGUUCAAUGAGUGGCUGAAGAAAGGCCUCCUGGUGUUCCCUCACUUCUGUCUGGGCCGGGGGCUGAUUGACAUGGCUAUGAACCAGGCGGUGACUGAUGUCUAUGCACACUUUGGUGAGGACCGUGCCUUGGAUCCGUUCAAAUGGGACUUUGUAGGGAAGAACCUGGCCUUCAUGGCUAUAGAGGGAUGUGUCUAUUUCCUCUUCACUAUCCUCAUAGAGUACCGCUUCUUCCUCGACCACUGGUUAUCAGACUUCCGAGGGCCCCCUCCUAAAGAUGAGGAUGAGGACGUGGCGGUGGAGAGAGAGAGGAUCUAUAACGGAGGGAACAAGAGUGACAUCCUACAGAUCAGAGACCUCUGCAAGACGUACUCUGGGAAGACGAGACAAGCGGUGAACAGGAUCUGUGUGGGCGUGCCUGCAGGAGAGUGUUUUGGUCUGUUAGGAGUGAACGGAGCAGGGAAGACCACCACUUUCAAGAUGUUGACUGGAGACACAGACGUUAGUUCUGGAGAGGCCACUGUCGCUGGAUACAGUAUCCUGUCAGACAUGUUGGACGUGCACCAGAACAUGGGCUACUGCCCUCAGUUUGAUGCUAUAGACGACCUGCUGACAGGCAGGGAACAUCUGUACCUCUACGCUCGCCUCCGAGGGGUCCCUGAGUCAGACAUCAGCAGAGUGGCAGAUUGGGGCAUCCAGAAGCUUGGCCUAUCAGAGUACGCUGGUCGCUGUGCAGGAACAUACAGCGGAGGCAACAAAAGGAAACUCUCCACAGCCAUCGCUAUGAUUGGCUGCCCAGCCCUGGUUCUACUGGAUGAACCCACUACAGGUAUGGACCCCCACUCCCGACGGUUCCUGUGGACUGCCAUUAUGAGCGUCAUCCAGGACGGGAGGGCCGUGGUUUUGACAUCACACAGCAUGGAGGAGUGUGAAGCUCUGUGCACUCGUUUGGCCAUCAUGGUCAACGGCACCUUCAAAUGUCUGGGGACCAUACAGCACCUCAAAUACAAGUUUGGUGAUGGCUACGUGGUGACCAUGAAGGUAAAGGCAGCUAAAGCAGGCGUAUCUCCAGAGCUGGGUCCAGCGGAGAGCUUCAUGGAGAGCAGCUUCCCGGGGUGUGUCCAGAGAGAGAAACACUACAACACUCUGCAGUAUGAGAUUGCCUCCUCUUCCCUGGCUAGGAUCUUCCAGCUAGUGGUCGCCAACAAGGACAAACUCAAUAUAGAGGACUACUCUGUAUCACAGACUACACUAGAUCAGGUGUUUGUGAACUUUGCUAAGCAACAGGCAGGAGAGGACGAGGACGUUUUACAACCCCGUGCGGUCAUUGCGCGCAAUGAAAAACAAAAUGUCCCCACGAAACGCAAGGUCUCCCCCAUCAAGAUAAAAACCAGAAGACAAACUAAAACUUGAAAGUUAAUCUGUGAAAAUAUGACUUCCUACGGAAUGUAUUGUCAAACGUUUUAAUGCGGGAAAACCGACAAAAUGUAUUGUAAUAGCUAGACAUGCACUGGCAGUAUUAUGAAAACGUUUUGAAAUUAAUUAUGGUUAGAUUCAUGAAUUAUGUUUGGAAUAUGUUCCUUAGGCUUUGGAAGUCAUAUUCUUUGCAUGUUGAUUGUGUAUUGUGUAAAAUGGCUGCCAAAAAAGACAAGACGAGGUCACGUUUGCAGGACACAGACCUCAGUUGACAGCAGAUAGCUCCUCAAACACACCAGGGGUGUAUCUCAAUAGUCUGGAGUGGCUUCCUCUCCUCAUCCUCUUUUUCUCCCUUGGUUUAUAAGGGGCUGCUUCCUCUUCAAUUAAAACACACCUACACAGAGAAAAAGGCCCCAAUUUUUUAUUUAUUUAUUACGCAGUAUCAAUACGGGACCACAAGAUGGCGCUGCAUUUACACUGACAUUUAUAUACCAAAUCUAAUAAUAAUGCUUAGAUAAUUUAUAUAGACUUUCAAAUAAUGUAGAAAAAAAAAUCUUGCCUGGUUUAUAUGUGUUUUGCCAUUUUCAUCACUUUAGGACAUAUUCUUACACUUUUAUAUGUUAACCAUUUAGCAGAUGCUCUUAUUCAGAGCGAUUUACAGAGAGCUAGGUGAGACAACCACAUAUCACAAUAAGUACAUUUUUUUUCCUCAAAGUAGCUAUCAGCACUGGUAGGGAAGUGGGUGGUGUGGGAUUAUUUAAGAUACACUUUGAAGAGGUAGGGUUUCAGAUGUCAUUUCCUAAGCACAGCUUUAUAUGCUCACUUAAUAUAUAGUGCAGGGGAACAAUGUUAUUUAUAUUUUACCUUUAUUUAACAAGGCAAGUCAGUUAAGAGCAAAUUCUUAUUUACAAUGAUGGCGUAGGAACAGUGGGUUAACUGCCUUGUUCAGAGGCA